UCUAUAGCCUUGAUAGUGGGCUCCUUAGUGUAGGACCUUGCUUGCGGCUUUUCCUCUCUUAGUUGCAGGAAUCUGCAUGUACAAAGAUCAAUUUAAACAGUAUUAAUGGUCAUUUGCUGUCGCCUUGCUGACUGUAUAAAGAUUCUAUUUCAUUGCACCCUUAAAUUCCUAAAAAAAAUUUGAAGUCUAUCUAUCAUUGUUGUUAUGAUCUGUGAAAUGUGUCCCAACUGAAAUCUUCAAUGGAGGUUUAAAAAAAAUCAUUACUAAAAUCAGAGAGAAUAGACUGUCCAAAAAGAUGGUGAAUGAGGAAACUUUCACCUUUUUCCAGCUUUUUGAAAAUUUCCAGCGUAAUUGUCUAUGUAUGGAAUAAACCCUGGACUGUUGCUGCUUGCUUUCUGACUAAUUGCAGUUAUUAAACUAAUAAGUUCAAAUUACUUCAGACUAGCCGAACCUCACUAUAAUAGUUUUCAUUUGUACAGAGGUUGUAAAAUCAUGGUCAUAAGUGUUUUCAGACUUUAUAGCUUUCUUUAUUCGCAUAUAUCUCUAAAUAUGGAAAGGAGGAAAGGCCUCCAUUAUGGCCAAAGGAUUCGUUAUGGGGGCUACACUGUUCCUGAACCUGUUCCCAUCUCCAUUAUACAAUUUUAGACUCUGGUCCUUGAAAGCUCCCAAGGCACAGCUUAACAUAAUUCCAUGUUCUGAUUUUACUGGGAAGGACAUCUGGUACAAAACAUUUCCCUGGAUGAAAUCUGAAGCAGCUCUUGUAAUGGUCGAUGUAAACCAAGAUGGGAUUGAUGAUGUUAUAAUCGGUUAUUCGACAAAUCAACACCCGGGAUCGUGUGUUGAGUUUCCAAACGCUAAAGAUGUUUGUGGUGGUGGGGUUCUAGCCCUAGAUGGAAAAACAGGAGAUACUUUAUGGCAACAUUGGACCCACAAAGAUGUUCUAUUUGUUGACUGUUCUGCAGAUAUAAGUUCGGAUAAAAUAAAAGAUUGCCUCAUUUCUGGAAAGGGAGGAGUUUUGACAGCAACUGAUGGGAAAACUGGAAAAUUUAUAUGGGGAAAAAGUCCACCAAAAGAAUCUAAAUUGAUAGAUUUGUAUACAGCACAGUUUAUUUCUGAUAUAGAUGGUGACAAAUAUCCUGAUGUUCUAGUAUCCCAUACACUUUCAAAUUCAGGUCAGUUAGCCGUGUUGAGUGGUAAGACAGGAAUAACUCUCGGCCAUUUGGACACACCCGAUGAUGAAGGCAUAUUCACGGUGCCAAGAGUGACCGUGUCCAGGGAUGGUUCAGACGUUGUGCUUUUUGCAACUGGCUCUUCUGAGACUUCAGGGACUUUGUUUGCAACUUUACUUUCUGACAUAUUAAUUGCCGGGCCGAAGCACUACUCAAAUGUUUGGAAAAGCGAUGUUGGCAUCACUUCCGGGAUCGUUUUGGCAGAUAUGAAUAGAGAUGGAACGGAGGAUGUUAUACUGACAAGUGGUGAUACUUUGUCCGUCCUUGAUGGAAAUGAUUACAACCCUUUAUGGAAUGUUUCUUUAAAUGGUUUUGAUAAGAAUCAAAGACAAAUUUUAAUUGGCCCAACUCCUGCUUAUUUUGAUGAUGAUCUUAUACCUGAUCUCCUCGUUACACACAUGGUCGGUUCUUCUUUUCCUGCAAUUUUUUACUCACAGACAUGGGUUGCAAAUGGAAAAGACGGUGUUGGACUCCUAGAAGAGCCAAUACUCGGUGGGAGCGAAGUGACUGCCCCUGGAGUUGCAAUUAGCUUCACAGGAAUUGGCAAUGACAUGUACCUUUUUUGGAUGACUACAUGCAAUAGCAUUGCCAACCAAAAAAAAAGUUUCCAGUUUUUAAAAGAAUCAGAGAUUCAUAAAAAUGCAAGAGCAGAUCUGUGUCGUCUUCGAUUCAACAAAUCUCUUGAGAUCCAAAUGUAUGUUCUCAACCAGCAUAUUAAACCCCCUGGAGUUCUUCUUUACUCCUCAAAAUUUAAAUGGGAAAUUGAGCAUAAUGUAACAGAGCAUAAGAUAAAUAAAAAAGUACUGCCAGAACCACCCAAACAUCUGACUCGGGACCAUGGAGGAAUGGAUAAACUGGAAAAGCUGAGAAAACAACAAGUGGAUAAAAUAUAUCAAGCAAUUCCAAAGAAUUAUCCUUUGUAUGAAACAGUUGAUGAAGAUAGAAAUUUAUUAAAUGCUUUACCAAGAUUUCCUGAGUCAAUUGCUUCAGAAGCUAAAGAUUUAUUAACCAAUAAUCUCCCACCAAUUAGUCUCGACUAUGAUGUAUAUUCACAAGACCUGGACCCUGAGGAUCCUUUGUUCUCCAGGACGAACCAAAGGCAUGGAGAGGUAUAUGACGGUAGGGAUGAAAGGGCUGAUUUUUUAAACCGGAAUUUGGAGAUGGACAAAAUUUUACAAAACGAUAAAAACCAGGAAGAAAAUCGGGAAAAGAGAGAAACAAAAGAUCACAAAGAUGGUAUUCCACGGGCGACUACAACAGCUGCUUUGGCUAACCCUAUUGAUGGAAAUGGAAUUGAUAUCAUCUUUGCAACACAUUGGAUAAUGCCGGCUUCAAAUGUAGUGAUACUGUCUGAAAAAGAUGAUAGGUGUAUAAAGAAAAAAACAUCUAAGAAACAAUCGAAUAAUUUAAAAGUCUUCAAUGAAAUUAAAGAAAUUGCUCAAAAAGAGUGUCUUGGAUUGUCAGACGAUGAGUUUGAAGAGAAGGAGGACUAUGAUGGUGUCGAUGGCCAAUUGACAGUUUACAGAAUAAACUUGAGCUGCAAGUGCUCUAAUAUAAACCCGAGUAUGGAAAAGUGCUCGACGCCACUUCCCCUUGACCAACAAAGCUAUUCACACAGGGCCACUAACGUCUAUUUCAAGCAAAGGCACAAACCAGCAUUUCGAGUUUAGUCCAAUUUAAAUUUCUUUUAAAUUAAAAUAAAAGUAAAUUAGGUUUAAAGUAAUUUGUUUUUAAUCUUUAUAUGUAAAUAUCAGAUUUGUAAAUAAUUAAAAGUUUAAAAAGAAAUGUUUUUGUUUUGUUUUUUCAAUUUAAUUACUGUUAGAGUUUGUUAAGAGAUUAAUUGCUUAAUGGAAAAAUUGUAACUUUGGCAAACGAAGUUUUAUAAUUUAAACCUUUAUUAUAUCACACUACUAAAUUAAGUGAAAAAUCAUUACAAUUAUUUGGCAAAAAAUAUUGUAAUUCACCCAUUCC